AUGCGAAAGCCGAAGCACGUGGCUGCUGCCAGCCUCUCCGGUACAAAAAUAGAGGUGACGGCGCAGGUGACAAACCUGCCAACGCGUGAAUUCUCGCCUUCCGCGCUUAGGGUUUCAGCGGAGGCUGCCGGGGCUUUGGCCCCCGCGGCAGAGCCGGAAACGACCAAAGGCCGUGAUGGCCAGAAUUUGGUUACCGAAGACGUGACGGUGGUGGAAGGAGACGUCGCCACCAUCAGCUGCCGAGUCAAGAACAGCGAUGACUCGGUGAUUCAGCUCCUGAAUCCCAACCGGCAAACGAUUUAUUUCAGAGAUUUCAGGCCGCUGAAGGACAGCAGGUUCCAGCUGGUGAACUUCUCCAACAGCGAGCUCCGAGUGUCCUUGACAAACGUCUCCAUCUCUGAUGAAGGGAGGUACUUCUGCCAGCUCUACACUGAUCCCCCCCAGGAAAUCUACACCACCAUCACAGUGCUCGUCCCGCCACGCAAUUUGGUAAUUGAUAUCCAGAAGGAGAUCGCCAUCGAGGGAGAAGAGAUUGAGCUGAACUGCACCGCCAUGGCCAGCAGACCAGCCACCACCAUCAGAUGGUUCAAAGGCAACAAGGAGCUAACCGGCAAGUCGGAAGUGGAGCAGUGGUCCGACAUGUACACGGUGACCAGUCAGCUGGUGCUGAAGGUGGGACGGGAGGAUGACGGGGUCCCCGUCAUCUGCUUGGUGGAUCACCCUGCUGUCAAAGACUUGCAGACGCAGCGUUACCUGGAAGUCAUGUAUAAGCCUCAAGUGCGGGUUUCUCAGAAUUACCCGGUGCAAGGCCUCACGAGGGAAGGGGAGCCGCUUGAACUGACGUGCGCAGCUUUUGGAAAACCACAGCCUACGGACAUGAGGUGGUUAAGAGUAGAUGAUGAGAUGCCUCAACACGUUGUAGUGUCUGGUUCAAACCUUCUCAUUAGUAACCUAAACAAAACAGAUAAUGGUACAUACCGCUGUGAGGCUUCAAACGCGGUGGGGAAAUCACAUGCGGAUUACAUGCUGUUUGUAUACGAUCCCCCCACAACUAUCCCUCCUCCCACAACAACCACCACCACUACCACCACCAUCCCUACCACCAUCACAGACACAACGGCGACGACAGAACCGGCAGUUCACGGCUUUACUCAGUUGCCCAAUUCGGCAGAGGAGCUGGACUAUGGGGAUCUCUCAGAUUCUCGUGCAGGUGAGGAAGGGGCAAUACGGAGCGUGGACCAUGCGGUGGUCGGCGGCGUCGUGGCCGUGGUCGUGUUUGCCAUGCUCUGCCUGCUCAUCAUUUUAGGGCGAUAUUUUGCCAGACAUAAAGGUACGUACUUCACCCAUGAAGCCAAAGGAGCGGAUGAUGCGGCCGACGCAGACACAGCCAUCAUCAACGCAGAAGGGGGACAGAACAACUCCGAAGAGAAGAAAGAGUACUUCAUCUAG